CAUGGCUGGGAAGAAGCUAAUUGCAAUUUGUCAAUCGGGGGGCGAGUUUGAGACCGAUAAUGAGGGUAUAAUGACCUAUAAAGGAGGAGAGGCUCAUGCCAUUGAUAUUGAUGAUGAUAUGAAUUUCAAUGCCUUUAAAAUGGAGGUGGCUGAGAUGUUCAAUUGGAGCACAGAUGCAAUGUCUAUGAAGUACUUUCUUCCUGGAAACAACAAGAUACUCAUUACAAUAUCCAGUGAUAAGGACUUGUUGCGCAUGAUCAAGUUCCAUGAUUGUCAGAUGACUGUUGAUAUCUAUGUCAUGAUAGGAGAAAUUAUUGAUCCUGAACUCUCUAACUUGCCUGUCAGUAGGUCGAGCAGAACCUCUUUAUCUCAGGAAAUGAUGCCACUUGAUGCCCCCAUUGAUGUGGUGGAGGAUACUAAUCAUGAUCAUGAUGAUGUGCAUUUUAUUGCUCCUCUUGAUAUUAUUUCCAAUACCGAUGUCAAGAUCGAUAUGCCAACUGAAAUUUCUCCACCAGCGCCCCUCGCUAGCUCCAGUGAUGAGAAACUUGUGAAAGCUGCUCAUCAAUGGCAGAAUAACAUUACUGGUGUUGGUCAGAGAUUCAAUAGUGUUGCAGAGUUUCGUGAGGCGUUACGUAAAUACGCAAUUGCCAAUCAAUUUGCAUUUAGAUAUAAGAAGAAUGAUAGUCACCGUGUGACUGUCAAAUGCAAAGCCGAAGGUUGUCCUUGGAGAAUUCAUGCAUCAAGGCUAUCAACCACGCAGCUAAUUUGUAUCAAAAAGAUGAACCCUGAACAUACUUGUGAAGGAGGUAUUCAUACCACAGGUUAUCAAGCAACUAGAAGUUGGGUUGCAGGUAUUAUAAAAGAGAAGUUGAAAGUGUCCCCAAAUUACAAGCCCAAGGAUAUUGUAAAUGAUAUUAAACAGGAAUAUGGAAUUCAAUUGAAUUACUUCCAGGCGUGGCGCGGUAAAGAAAUUGCCAAGGAGCAACUGCAAGGUUCUUAUAAAGAAGCUUAUAAGCAGUUACCAAGUUUUUGUGAAAAGAUAAUGGAGUCAAAUCCGGGGAGUUUAGCUACUUUUACAACCAAAGAUGAUUCGAGUUUUCAACGUCUCUUUGUCUCAUUUCAUGCCUCGUUAUACGGAUUCCAGCAAGGUUGUCGGCCUCUACUUUUUCUUGAUAGCAUAGCGUUGAAGUCUAAGUACCAAGGAACACUUCUAGCUGUCAAUGCUGCUGAUGGGGAUGAUGGUGUCUUUCCAGUUGCUUUUGCUGUGGUUGAUGCUGAAACUGAUGAUAACUGGCGAUGGUUUUUAUUGCAGUUGAAGUCAGGGAUGCAGACACCUGGUUCAAUAACAUUUGUAGCAGACAGACAUAAGGGGUUGAAGGAAUCAAUUGCUGAAAUAUUUGAGGGUUCAUUUCAUGGUUACUGUUUAAGGUACUUGACUGAGAAUCUUAUUCGGGACCUGAAAGGGCAUUUUUCUCAUGAAGUGAACCGCCUCUUGGUUGAGGAUUUCUAUGCUGCUGCUUAUGCUUCUAAGCUUGAAGAUUUUCAGAGAUACAUUGACAGCAUCAAGAGUAUCUCCAUAGAAGCUUAUGAGUGGGUCAUACGAAGUGAACCUGAAUACUGGGCAAAUACUUUCUUUAAGGGUGCAAGAUAUAAUCAUCUCUCAUCAAACUUUGGUGAUAUGUUUUAUAGCUGGGCAUCAGAGGCACAUGAGUUGCCCAUAACACAGAUGGUCGAUGUUAUCAGAGCUAAGAUACUAGACCUAAUUUGCGCACGGAAAUCGGAGUCAGCACAGUGGUUAACGAGGCUAACUCCAUCUAUGGAAGAAAAACUGGAGAAGGAAAACUUGAAAGUCUCUCAACUUCAAGUUUUGAUCUCAGUUGGUAGUACAUUUGAAGUACGUGGAGACACCGUAGAAACAGUUGACAUUGAUCAAUGGGAAUGUAGUUGCAAAGUGUGGCAGUUGACUGGUUUACCUUGUUGCCAUGCUGUAGCUGUUAUUGGUUGCAUGGGAAGAACUCUGUAUGAAUAUUGUUCCCAAUAUUUUUCAGUUGAAAGUUAUAGGUUGACAUACUCUGAGACGGUAAAUCCUGUUCCAAGCACUAAUGGGUCGUUUCAGAAUGAUUCAUCUCAGGCUGCUGUGACAGUGACGGUUACACCUCCUCCUACACGUCGGCCUCCAGGCCGGCCCACAAAGAAGCUUUUUGGCUCACAGGAGGUUGUCAGACGUCAGCUGCAGUGUAGUAGAUGCAAGGGCAUGGGACACAACAAAUCAACAUGUAAAGAGAUUUUAGUGGAACAGUAAUAAUGGGUGGAUCCAUAAUAUCGGAAUUCAGAAUAUCCGAGACAUAACAACCAGAAAGCUGCAUAUCUUUUCACAGAUCAAGCAUCCCAAAAAUAACAGCAUUUCUCCUCUUCAGCAUCAGAUUCUAUGCUAGGUCUACAACAACAACGCGUAAUUAAGUAAAUUAACUCAAUUUUAGGGGCUCAUUUCGUUACCUUGCUUCCGAUUUUCUCAUCAGUGAUCGGCUUCCUAUGUAUAUAUACUCUGAUUUAUUUA